AUGGCUCCUUUUCUUCGCUGCCUAUUGAUGAUCUCAACUCUUAUCAUCACCACCAUCUCCGUCCCUACUAGCGAGUCAUUCUCUCAGACCUCCCUCCAAAACAAAGCCAUCUUUCCUCCCCGAGAAAGGCCAGCAGGUUCAUUUCGCAGGCUCCGAGACGCCAUCAUCGAACGAAUAUGGUCUAUCCCAAGCAGAUACUCCUACGAAUCCUCGUCGGUCUCCAAAGCAGCAAGGGCACCGGAAAACUUUCGAGCUCGCUACGGCGGUGAUGUCGUCCUCCGUUUCCAAGUCAAGAGCGAAGAGGAGGCGAAGGCUAUAUCGGAAGCAGCAGAUAUAUUGUAUCUGGAUAUUUGGGAAGCGACGAAUGAAUGGGUCGAUAUUCGAAUAGCAAAAGAAGUGGUCCCUUCGUUUGUUGGCCUUCUGCCAUCGUCUUUACACGAUUCAUACAUUCCAUUGAUGCACGAUCUCGCUCGUGCCGUCUACGAUACAUACCCUGAAUCGCCGUUCGCCGAUGAGAAAACGUCCAGCCUCACAACUCCACAUGACUGGCGGGUCAAGGGAAACACUCCUCACGAUCUAUUCUUUCAGGAUUAUCAACCGCUGUCGGUCCUAUAUCCCUGGCUACGGUUGCUUGCCUCGCUCUUUCCCACCCAUGCUUCCCUGAUGAGUAUCGGCACAUCGGCCGAGGGUCGCGACAUCCCUGCGCUACGUAUUGGGGCGCAGGUGGACGAUAGCUCGACAGACUCGCAUGCAUCCAGGCAUACUCUGCUAAUAGUCGGCGGCAGCCAUGCUCGCGAGUGGAUCUCGGUGUCUACAGUGGCCUAUAUUGCUUACAGCCUCGUCACCCGAUAUGGCCACCCCCAGUUUCCGGAAGUCACUAAAAUCCUGAAUCAUUUCGACCUCAUUCUCGUUCCCGUGCUGAAUCCUGAUGGAUAUGAGUAUACUUGGACGACCGACAGGCUGUGGCGCAAGAAUCGACAAGCGACUUCCAUACCGUUCUGCCCCGGUAUCGAUCUUGACCGUGCCUUUCGAUUUGGUUGGGACGGUUAUGGUAACACAGACAACGCUUGCAGUGACGACUAUGCCGGUCCUGGACCAUUGACUGCAGUUGAAGCUCAAACACUCACGGAAUGGGCUCAAAACCUGACAAGGAACAACAAUGUGACGUUUAUGUCGUAUCUCGACUUUCACUCAUACUCUCAGGAAGUGCUCUACCCGUACAGCUACACGUGUGAGACGGAUCCACCGAAUCUGGAAGAUCUGGAAGAAGUUGCUCUCGGGAUCGCGAAGUCGCUCCGAUUGACCAACGGACACUAUUAUGGAGUCGAAAGCGCUUGUCAAGGUAGCAUGGUCUUCCAGGACCGCGCGCAAAAGGCUCGAUUUCAGAUAGAGCCACAGGGCGGCUCAGCGUUGGACUUCUUCUACCAUGAUCUGGACGUGAAGCUCGCAUUCCAAAUCAAGCUCAGAGAUACUGGAACAUAUGGCUUCUUGCUGCCCAGGUCUCACAUUCUGCCCACCGGCGAAGAAGCUUAUGAAGGCGUGGUUGGUCUGGGGCGAUGGAUGUUGGGCAAUCACGGCAUUGAGAGGGUCGAGAAUCUGAAUUCCGUCUGGGGAGGUGAAGAUUCGCCCGUGCAGCAGGGGACAGAAACGAUUUACGAGCAUGAAAUGCCAGUUAGCCGUGAGGAAGAGGAUGACGAAUUUGACGAGAAUGAUUUUGAACUAAAUCGGCGGCGGCGGCGUCGGUAA